AUGGUACAUUAUAAUUACUAUAACUAUCCACGAAACCUUCGCUUCUACCAUCCGUCAGAUAAGGUCGGUCUUGUUGGCAAGAGUGCCGACGAAAAUGAGAAAAGUUCGGGCGGUGCGGGAGAACCGCCCAUAAUAUCUAAAUUACCAAACGAGGAUUCUCUCACAAAAGAAAUAAUGUUACUCUAUAAGGUAGUUGUCUCGCAAACUUUUCACAAAAGUAAAUUAAAAAAAUUACAAGAACAUUUGGCAAUGUUAGCUGUUCGAGCGUACGUGAAUGGUCGUAAUUUCGCUGAUAAAAUUGAAAAAUUACUAAACGACGAAUGGCCAGGACAUGACAUUAAAGUACAUAUGUUUGGUUCCUCCAUGAAUCUACUCGGAACAACACAAUCUGAUGUAGAUUUAUGCGUUAAAACACAAUGGAAUGGAUUAAAGAGCGUGCAAAAUUUAUCCAAAUGCCUGAAAAAUCGUGAGCGGCAUGGAAAUAUUACAAUGCGUGCCCAAGGCCAAAGUGCCGAUAGUAAGGUUAUGGGAUCCAAGCCUGUAAAGAUCAUAACUGAUUUUGACAUUGAUCAAGAAUUGGCCUGUGAUAUAAAUAUCAAUAAUACACUAGCGCUACAUAACACACGUUUAAUACGGAAUUAUGUGACAAUCGAUUCAAGAGUACGACCAUUAGCAAUGGUCGUAAAACACUGGGCACGAAAACGGGUUUUGAAUGAUGCAGCUAAGGGUGGUACGAUCUCAACAUACACCUGGACUUGCAUAGUUUUGAAUUUCCUCCAAAUGCGAAAUCCUCCGAUACUACCGGUUCUUCACAAUUUACCACAUGAUGAUGUUGAGCCAAUAAUAGUGAACGGCGAAGAUGCAUCAUUUUACGAAAAUGUGUUGACUUUAGAAGGAUUUGGUUCAAAAAAUAAAGAAUCAGUUGGUGGUUUAUUGUUUGGAUUUUUUAGACGCAUGGCUUAUGAAUUUGACUAUGAGAAACACGUAAUAUCGUUGCGUCAUGGCAAAUAUCUUACAAAAGCGGAAAAAGGUUGGGACACGUGUAAAGGUUGGAAAAUGUUAUGUGUCGAAGAACCCUUUAAUACGACAAGGAAUCUUGGAAACAGUGCCGACGACAUCAGCGUAGAGGGGUUAAAGGGAGAGUUCCGAAGGGCCUAUAAGAUUCUUUAUGACAGUGCCAACUUAAAUGCGUUAUGCGAGCAAUACAUUUCCACCCAUCAGUAUAAUAAUAACUACUAUAAUUAUCGUAGCAAUAAGAGUAAUUAUGUAUGGAAGCCGAAUAAUAGAAAACCUGGAUAUCCUCAUUAUAAGUACCAUCAGAAUGGUCAUCAGGGCGUGCGGACGAAUCAUGACUGUGAUACGAUCGACAAUUUUCAUGACAUGAAUGGGAAAAGUUCUUACCCUCAAGAUGCUCGAUAUGUUGAGGGAGAUGAAUCUAACGCCCCUAAUACACCGAGAUUUGUCCAAGCUGAUGAUGUUCCUUCAUCGAGAAAGGAUGUUUUUUGUCCGACAAUUAAUGGUGAAGAGUUUACCCAAACAUCAGAAACGAUGCACGUGGAUACUAGGCGUAUGAAUGGCUACUAUGAGAACACUGAUGUUGACAAAUUUAAUGCUUAUCAAAAUCGAAAAAAAGUCGUUUCUGAGGAUGAUAUUCCUCCAAACAGACGAGAACGCACUGCUUUUCCCGAGAAAAUCGACGAUGAAAGUUCAUUUGCAUCCCCGACGACAACUCACGAUAAUUCUCAAUUUCGUUAUAAUGUUACAUCUACGGACCCGAAAAAUGAUGAGCAAUUUUCUUACAAGGGUCCUUCAACAAGACAAUAUAAGAGCGAUAAUUUCAAUCGACAGGGUUCUAUGAAGAAAAAGAAUGACAAACGGUAUUCACACACAAGGUCUUUCAACAUCGAUCAUAAUUUUUCCCGUAUUUCUGUUCAUGAUUCAGUCCCGUCACAUUCUGUUCAUAAGUCGAAUCAGGAUAUUGAAAAUGAAGAAUCGUCAAAGCAUUUUUCACCGAAUUAUAAUGCUAACACGACUCCGAACACCUUUUACAAACAUAACAACCAAAAAGCUGACAAUAACUCAUAUCAGAAGCAUUCUCGAACACAGUGCAGUUCACCAUUGCGUUAUCAUAAUUCUCCUCGUUCGGACCGAAGAUCUAGUUUUUCGCAAAAUUCGGAUUCACCUUAUAAUUCGGAUGUUAAAUAUAAUAAUAAUAAUGGUUAUUCAAAUUAUUCACGUCGUUCGAAUACUCCUAGCGACUUGGAUCAAAAGCCCUAUUUGCAUAAUUUGGAAAGUAAUAAUAAAGGAAAUCAGAGG